AUGAAUGAAUUUUCAAUGGAACAGCUUAGAAAGCUGUCACGACUAAAUACGGCCACGAUAUGGGGAUUCUUAGGAAUGGCCAUAAAACAGGGAGUGGCCAGCAUUCCGGACUGUAAAGAUCAGCGGGCUUGCGAUGAAUGGAACGGUCUGAGAACGAUCCGGAAAAUGGAUGUCGCCAAGAGUGCCGCGGAGGAUUUCGUGACGGUGGUCAGCGUCGAGAGUCAACCCCCGCCGGAGAAUUUCGUCACUGUACUGUCCAUUGGUAACAGUAAGAAGGACGAUGAACCACCUACGUCUGUUACCGUGUGCAAACCUCAGAGCAACGGUAUCGACGGACCGUUGGAGGAGGAGGUCGAGGUCUACAGGCUGCCUGGAGAACGGCUAGGGUUCGGAUUGAAGUUCGAGGGUGGUAACAAGACGUCGGAGAGGGUUCGAAGGCUGUUCGUUCAAAGCUGCGCGGAGCAGAGCCCGGCGAGCAGAGCGAAAUGCUCGUGGGGUACCUUGGGAGAGGGCGACGAGGUACUCUCGAUAGACGGUGUACCAGUGACACACAUGACUCGGCUGGAUUGCGUGAGGCGAUUGAAGGAGUCGCAGCUGGUUAUCAAGCUGAUGGUUAGGUGCAGAGGCGCGCUCAGACCAGAGGUGGUGAGCGCGGAGAAGAAAAGCUCCCCGGAGAAGAAGAAAGUGCCGCCGGAGCUGCCGUCGGCACCUCCGCCUGUGCCGCCGCGAAAGCUCAGGCAAGCACGAGGAUUGGCUGACGGCGAGGCGAAUCCUAGUCCUGUGAAGAAGUCCUGGAACGGAUCGAGGUCGCAGAGUAGUUCGCAGAGCAGCUCGCAGAAUGGUUCGCCUAGCUCGCAGCCGAACAGUCAAGGUGACAGCAAGUCGACGUCCUUCGAGAGCUGCGAAUCUUCCCCGAAAAGUGUCAAUGGAUCUGUUCGUCAGGACAGUCCAAAGGGAUCGCCCAAGGAACGUUCUCCAGAAUUGGCAAAAUCGAAGCAGGAACCUCCGGAGGCUAUGGUGUACAUGGACGCAAGAUCCCAGUGUGGAUCGACGCACGGAAGCACUUCCGACGACACAGGAAGCUCAAUGUCCACGGUAAUCGAUCGAUUCUCAACAUCCGACAGAGUAUCCACCAUUUCUACAACCUCGACUGCUUCCACCGCCUCGGAACAGCCGAACGAAUUCUCAAGAAUAGAUCAAGACUUCGACAGAUCGUCGGACCGCGAUUCCCAAUUGUCCAAAGCGACGUUCGAGAAUUUAGAAGAUUACUCCUCGAAUCCUCCCGAUUACCUGCUACGUCGUUUAGCCAGCUCGGAGGCUGUGACCCACGUAGAAUCCCGCGGCGAAGUUGAGAAGAUCACAGCGGUGGUAGCGCCGAACACUGUGCUGAUCGAGGAAACGAUCACGUUUCAGCCACCGUUGAGCUUCCAAGACGCGCCACUGAGCUACGGGCACGAAGCUAGACCUGAUCUUUUUUACACGGCGGAUCUAGCCGCGGACUCGACGACGCAUUUCAGGCCAAUUAAGGACGACGUCGAGCUGGUCGAGCGCGUGAACAGCAUCCACGAGGAAUUCCGCCCGAGGAACUCCUCACCUGAGCCCGAGAAGGUGAAAGAAGCUUCCUGCGGACGAGGCACGGACAGGACUCCUCCGCCUCUGCCUGCCAGGAAUCACGUGAACAGGAUCAGCGUCAAUCAACCGGUGAACGAGCCACGUUCGCAGAAACUGUCCGAGCAAUCCAGCACAGAGUCCUCCGACAACCAAGACGCACCUGUUCUACCGCCCAAGCCGCUGCCCAGGAGGGACGUCAAGGUCAGACGGAAGAGACCACCCCCGCCGCCGCCUCCACCACCCACGAUCACGCCCCGAACCGAGGUGAAGCCCUCCUCGUUGCCCGAGUCCAGACAAACGAGUUUCGAACAGGAGGACGACGAACCGUCUCCGCACACCGAUCUCGCCAGCAACAAGCUCGAGGAAGCUGCGACCAGAGCUAAGCUCGAGGACAGGUCGAAGACGGCGGACAGACGGGACGCGGAGGUGAAUUCGACACCGUUGAAAAAUCCUUGCGACGAGGGGGUCGAUUUGGAGAAGAGGAAGAAAAAGAGCGAGGAAACGGACGACACGGAGUCUAUGGAGAAUUACGACCUCGUGGAAGACGACGGGCAACCGAGAACGAACAAGGUGUUGGAGAUAAUUGAGAUAAGGAUGGCUAAAGCUUUCUUGCCGCAGAGGACGAAUUUCGUUGCGAAGAGCGAGGACGAGGAGGUUGAGAGUAAGGCUAAAUGUAUGAACGAUAUCGGGAGGAUGAACGGAGACAGCGAGAGGGUUAAAGUGAACGCUGGUAACGGUAGUUUUAAGAAGCAGGAAAGGCCUAAGCCUGAACUUAGAACUGCAGUUACGAUCUCCGCGGAGAUCGACGAGUCCGACGAGGAGAACGAACAGGUUACCAAGUUUAACGAGCCUAUAGACGAGUCGAGUGAUACGGGAUCUGUUCGAAACGAAAGCUUGGACCGUCCUAGGGAAGUAUGUUCUCCGGUCAAGACGGACAUAUUUGGACGUCGGGAGAGCGAAGAUCGCGAGGACUGUUAUCGAUCGCACAACGAUAUCAACCGCGAUAUGCGUAGUUUAAACCUAAAUCGAGGGCGAAACGAGGACGAGACGAUGGAUGAGGAUGAUUCGAGCGAGGAGAGCGACGAGGGAGACUAUUACUGGCAGAGUAAUCUAGCGACAAUUGGCGAAGAGGAGGAAACCAAUUCCCUCGAGUACAUGAACGCGAACAAAGAGGCGAGCGACAGCGACACGAACACGGCGGAAAAAGAGGAACGCGCGGAAUCACCGGGCAAGAAAGACACGUUCAAUGCAAAUGCACGGAAUGACGAGGUAGAUAGCGCGAGUCGAACAGCCAACUUCAACGAAGCUGUCGCUGAAAAUCUACACGCAGAGACGGUAAAUGGUAGGAUGGACAACUGCGGAGGCGGUCAGCGCCUGCCCCCGGACGGGGACGAGUUUCCAGCGGCGUAUCAAGAGUUCGGCGGAGGUGGCGGAGGCAGCAGCAGCAACGGCCAGCAGUACCGUUUCGUGACGGCUAACACGACGACGCCGAGGACGUCGACGAUGAUCGCGAACGGUCGUCUCGUUUGCAACGAGAACGAGUCGUUCAUGAACAACGAAAGCUACAAGUUGCUCGAAUCGAACGUGGUAACAGCGACAGGGAUCGUUCUACCGGACAACAACAGAGUGGCUGCUCUAAACAACGUCGAGAGUGUCUGCCAGGAGGUGAACACCAAGAUCGGUCUGCCUAGUAUCGAGAUAAACGGCAAGAUGAGCGUGGAGAACGUUUGUCAGGAGGCGAGAGAGGCUCGUGUGGACGAUAGCAAGCCUUACAUCACGGACGACUUGGUUAAAAAGGCCGCGUCCGUGACCAACUACUCCAGCUACGGGAAUCAAGGUAACGGUAACAUCGUGGUGUCGGAGAAGAAGAUCGAAAUCACGGGAUACUAUCACAAAGACGUACCGGUGAUCGAGGAGGUGCAGCAGGACCACGCGGAGAAAGAUCAACUGGACACGCCUCCGCCAUUGCCACUCACCGGGCCGCCUAAGAUGGACGCGAUCGGCCCGACGACGACGUCGUACACGAAGAACAGCUCUGCCGCGGAACCAACGCAGAGGAAGUUCUCGCUGAACGGUGAACUUCUGUGGAGGCAGGACGACAAGUCCGAGAGAUCGGUCCGAGAUAAAAUCGCCAUGUUCUCGUCGCAGAGUAGCUUGGACGGCCCUCUGUUCCCUAAUUCGGUGACGGUUGCAGCGGCCACGAGUAACGGCAGGAGGCUGUCCAAGUACAAGUCUACGGAGGACGUGUGCAGCGACGAGAAGAGCUCCGGGCAGAAAGAGAGAAGCUCGUUCUUCGCGGACAGGACGCAGAGUUCGUUCGAUCUAACGGAUUCCGGGAGAAACGUAGAUCCUGGAAAGAAGUACAGACAACGAUCGCCGAGUAUAACGCAGAGUUCUCCGUUCAGUUCGCCGACUAUUCACACGCCGAAAACAUUUCCCAUUGUCCCACAGAAACCGGUCACUUCAACUGCUACACCUUUGAUCAGUUCUUUCGAGAAUUCCUCGCUGCCUAAGUCUCCGGUGAAGAAUUACCCGACGACGACGACUACCGGUCAGAGUCCUCCGAACGUUUCUCUCAAACCUGUCGCGCCGACUGCUUUGUCGAGAGCUACGAGCUUCUCUGGCACGAUUCCCUACGGCCAGGAACGAACCACGACCACGACCGAUCUCUCAGCUGGACCACAGAUCACCAGGACCAACUCGUUGGCGUCUACGUUCAAGAGGCCUGCAGAGGACAUCCGAAGAACCAGCUUGAAUCAGCUGAUAGAGCAGAGGAGAAGGUCGAUAUCGAAAUUAAGGGGGUUGGUUAUUCCUGAGAAGGAAGCCAUAUCUAUCGACGCGCCUAUCGUCGAUCUUCCUGAAAUCAAAUCGCGAGACUCGAUACUGCUGCAUCAGCUACCGAAAGCGAAUAUUCAGGACAAAUGGGGCUCGCAGAGUUCUCUAGCGAGCAACGCUAGCACAGCCAGCAUGCCUCUGAAAGCUACAACUUCCUUCAAGAUGCCAGCGCCUCAGAUACACUCCAAGUACUCUCCAGCCUUCAAGAGGAAGAGUCUAGCUGUGUACGGCUCGUCGUCGAGCAAUUCUACGAUAAAUUCCGGGAAAAAUUGCCCCUCUGCGGCGACCACACCGACGCUCUCCGAACCUCCGAAGAGUUUAGAGAGCAUCUGCAGUCCGACCAGAAGCGACUACAGCUUCGAGUUCGCUUCCACGGCCAGUUCACCGGAAGGACUGCGCAACAGACCGAAAACGGUUCAGAGAAAGACGAGGAUGGACUACGACGAUUCGGACAACGAUUCCGCUGUCAGCAGUUCGCAGAGCAGCAUCUCCAGAGGCUUCAGUCCGCCGAUGUCGCCGGUUCCCUCGGAGAGAUCCACCGUUUCCUCCGAGAGAUCCUAUCUUUCCACGGAGACCAACUAUCAGCGGCGAACUCUGAUCAUGGAUAGUCCUACUAGAACGUACAACAGAGAAUCGAACUCCGACUUCGGCGGUAGAUCGAACAUGCUCGGAGAGAGGACGUUCACCUCGGAGAGAUCUUCGUCGAGCAGCAGCAGCUCGGAUCUCAGAUCACCGACGACAGAGUCUAGCUCGAGGAACUCUCAGAUACCUCAGAGACAGCUGAAACGAUCGAACAGCACCGAUACCAACUGCAGCACCUCUUCGACCCUCACUUCCGGUUCCCAAGCUAGCGCGGAGUCUCUGUCCAGAAGAGUGCUCAAGCCGCAGAGCGUGGAGGCUAUUAAUCGUAAGAACAUUCUUGCAAGUGCCAGGUGUAGAAGCGGAAGAGAUCUGAACGGAUCACCUUUGAUCCAGAGGAAGUUCCCGGAGGAAGACUGUCGAUCGACGCUAGCUGAGAACGGCGACGACUCGUAUCAGAGAGGACGAGUUAAGGAUAACGUCUCUAACGCGCAGGACGUGAAAAUUGCGUACAUCGAGGUAACAGACGCUUACGGCGAAGAUGACGGUUUCCAGAAGGAGGCUGAAGAGUCGAAGAUGUCUCCUAAGAGGAACGUAAGAUCGUCGACGUUCGAAAUAAUGGAGCCUUCGAACGACUUGAAGAUGUGGGUACGAACGGAGGCGAAGGCUCUAGCUAGAUCCGCUGAAGAAAAGACUAACAAAACAGAGAAGAAAUCGGCUGACGUUGAUAUCACCCCUGUAAGGAACAACUUGAAGAACAACAGAACAGCCAUAAUCGAGGAACAGCAGGAACUUCACUCGAUGGAACUGUCUCCGGCGAGUAGAAACGUAGGGAACGACAACGAAUCUGGAAUCUUGGACGUCUCGAAGCAGAGAAACGCUCCGAGUAUACCAGCCAAGAAAUCUCCGGAGGAUCAGAACGAUCUCCUGACGAUCCUCACGACUAAAAGUAGAACCAGAUCGGCGAUACACGUGGACGACGGUAGUUUCGGACGUUCGAAGAGUCAGAUGAGCCUGGAGGACAUCCUGAGCGCGAAGGCGGACGCGAAGAUCUCGCGGAGUCAAGCUGGCGAGACGAGAAUAGAGAAGAACAGCGUCGUUUCCACUCUCCAGAGCAGGUCUCUCUGGGAAUCGAGGGACAGCAAGUACGUGAGGAGGAGCUCGUCGAUGUUGAACGAGUCUUGGAGCGAGGACAAGAGCUUCUCGAAGAUACCGACGUUGGGUAAAUCGAGGUUGGCGGACAGCAGCGGCGACGAAACGCCGGAAGUGGAGAAAUCCAAGUCUCCGCUGUCGAAAAUCCCAACCACGAGGAACCUGAACCGAAGAAGCGCCAGUGUGACUGAUAUGAAGAAAGCACUGGAGAAAAUGGACGUGAACUGUCCCGCCAGUCCUCAUCAGACCACGGGAACCACUCACAACAGAUUCCCCAGUCUAGACAGCAGCGUAGACGAGAACGUUUCGACGCUUGGAGCAGACAUGGACGCAGACAGAUGCUGUAGCGAACAGUUUGGCAGUAUCAGCUCGUUGGCUAGCAGCACAAGCUUGAUAUCUCAACAGGAAUUGGCACAGUUGGUGGAAGAGGCGAGUCUCGAAGAAGCACGCGGUGCUCACGACGUGAUCGUGGUGUUGCUUCACAAGGAGAAUCCAACUGGCAGCGUUGGUAUCACUCUGGCCGGUGGAGCUGAUUGUGAGAUAAAGGAGAUCACGGUGCAUCGAGUGCUGGCCCACUCUAUCGCCGACAAGGACGGUCGUGUGCAGAGGGGCGACAGGAUUCUGAGUAUAAAUGGCAGAAGCACGCAAGGUCUCACGCACAGGGAGAGCAUAGCGGUGCUUAAGCAGCCUAGGUCGGAAGUUGUGUUGGUUGUCUCGAGAGCUAGGACAGAGGAAGGGUGUAAAUUGAAGUCGAGAACUGCGAGCGUCGAAACUAUCAUCGAAGGAUUCGAGACGAAUGAAGCCGCAGAAGACACUGCAUGGGGUCCGCCCUCGGUCGUAGCAGUGUACAAAGAUGGAGCCGGUUUGGGAUUCAGUCUCGAAGGAGGUAGAGACAGCCCCCUUGGGAACAGACCGUUAAUGAUCAAGAAAAUAUUUACCGGAGGUGCUGCCGAAAAGACAGGUGCCUUGAAGGCAGGGGACCAAUUGUUAGAAGUGAACGGAUAUGAUGUUACGCGAAUGUCGAGGAUCGAAUCAUGGAACCAUUGUAAGGAAAUCCCAGUAGGUCCUUGCCAUUGA